AUGGCUACCUGUUCUUAUCUUCUCAACCAUGUCCAGAUUAAAGGAUGGCCAUGGCCCUCGAGGAUGAGGAUACCCAAGCAUACAAAUCCCACUGUCACUGAAAGCGUCAAGACAACCAGUAAAAGCCAUCCAAAGCAAGGGCUCCUAAUUGCACAAUGUUCCUUAUGUUUGGUCCAAGUUGGAGCUUCUCCUCCUAGCCUUGCAUUAUCACCAUUAUACUUACCUCCUUCAGGGGAGCCAUCGCAUAUUACGGAUGCAGUUUCCAGCAUUCUUGGAAUUGGUAUGCCAGACACAUCACAUACUCUCUCAAAUUUAAUGCACAAGCUGGUUCUGGCAGAUUUGGACCCUGCUACAGCAAAGCUUGCUAUUGGAUUUCUAGGCCCUUUUUUCUCGCUAUUUUCUUUUCUGUUUAUCAUAAGAAUAGUCAUGUCCUGGUACCCCAAAAUUCCAGUGGGGAAGUUCCCUUAUGUCGUAGCUUAUGCCCCCACAGAACCACUUCUCAUCCCAACCCGGAAGUUGAUACCGCCUUUAGGCGGUGUGGAUGUAACCCCUGUGGUCUGGUUUGGAUUGAUUAGCUUCCUGAAUGAGAUAUUAGUUGGUCCGCAAGGGCUGCUUGUGCUUCUCUCUCAGCAGGUUAAUACCUAA